GAGCUGUCAUUAAAAAACAGGGAAGAAGAAGAGGCAGGACAGUACAUUUGAGAAAAGGAGACGAUUAGAAACUUAAAAGUGGAAAAAUGAGUCUUUUCCUUUACUUGGCAUCUGUAGUCGUUUGUGUGUAUGUUCUGCUUUUCUACGGUGUGCUUAAAGGGGCGAGGUGCUUAAGCUCCGUUUGCCUGAAGGGGAAAACUGUCAUUGUAACAGGGAGCAACACUGGCAUUGGCAAAAGUACAGCCUUGGAAAUAGCAAAAAGAGGAGCGAGAGUGAUACUGGCCUGUCGCAACAAAGAGAAGGGUGAGACUGCAGCUUUCGACAUCCGCGCGGAGAGCGGGAAUAACCAGGUGCUGUUCAUGGAGCUGGAUCUGGCAAGUUUGAAAUCUGUUCGCCGUUUUGCUGAAACCUUUCUAAACACUGAACCCAGGCUGGACAUUCUCAUUAACAAUGCAGGUGUAAUCGGUCCUGGAUAUACUGAAGAUGGUUUUGACCUGGCCUUUGGGGUAAACCACUUGGGCCACUUCCUCCUGACCAACCUUCUCCUGGAGCGACUUAGGCAGUGUUACCCCAGUCGAGUGAUCACUGUGUCUGCACACCUACACCGCUUUGGGAACAUAGACUUCCAUCUGCUGGCUUCACAAAAAGAAGCAGUGUCCAACCAGUCCACCUGGCACAACUUUCAGGCUUACUGUAACAGCAAACUCUGUAAUGUGCUCUUUACCAGGCAGUUGGCUAACCAACUGGAAGGCACUGAUGUCACCUGUUAUGCCCUGCACCCAGGAGUAAUCUACACAGAACUAUGCCGUAAUAUGAGCCAGUGGUUGCAGCUCCUCAUGAUGCCCUUAGCAAAGCUCUUCUUCUUGGACCCAAAGGGAGGGUCUCAGACCACCCUCUACUGCGCUCUCCAGGAGGGCAUUGAACCUCUCAGUGGGAGUUACUUUUCAAACUGUUCACUGUACAAAGUUGGAGCAAAGGGGGUAAAUGAUGGUGUCGCAAAGAAGCUAUGGGAAGUAAGUGAAAGGUUAACGGGCAUAGGUCAAAUAAACCAAUAGUUUCAACCAAAGCGCCAAAGCCAUACAGCCUUUAAGUGUUCUUAUGAAGUCCAUUGUGUGUCUGAAGUGUCCUUAUAUUUUUAAUGCUUUAAUAAUAUAGAGGAUCCUUCUAAAAGUUUUCUGUAUGUCUGUCACCUGAUAUCAUGUAUAAUGUCUGCUGAGUUUGUUGUUGAACAAAGAUUUGAAGAGAUCCACUGAUGGCUGCUUGAAAAACAACAUUUUCUGAAUAUAAAAUGUAUUUUGCUUUUAAUGAUCUUAUGUAUUGAUUCCAGGUUUGAUUAUUAAACUCAUUAUCAGCAUCCGUUCUCCUUGGUGGUUUUAGCUUACAUUAAAGUAACAUUUUAGAUAGAGCUACUAUUUCUGAAACCCAAUUCUGAUUAGAAUGUUAAAAAAUUGCUGAAGAAUAAAUGUAACCUCAUAUUUUGUAUUUUAUGUCUAUAUAAAUCAAAACAAUUGUAAAAUGAGAGUGAUGUACAUGUGGAAAAAAGUGGCACUAAUGUUUUUCUUUCAUUUAGAAUUCUUUCUCAUAAGAUGUUUGAUGUAUGAAUAGUUUAUAGUGUUUUUUACAUACAGUAUUGCAGAGUAAAUAGGUUGUUUGAUAAAGUCUCUCCAACCGAAUCUGAUCUGAUUUAGUAAAAAAUAAUUAUCUCCAUACAGGCUUGCGGCAA